AUGAUUCUCUUGGAGAAUGGUGAAGUUGAGUCCGAGGAUGAACAAGAAGACAAGGAGGAUCUUGGUCCUAUCUUUGAUGAGGAAGAGGAGUCCUUUGACUACCCACAUCACGGACCAUUGCUUGUUGCUAGGAAGGCUUGGGACGAUCCUAUCUUCGAUGAGACGGACGGCCACGCGAACGGCCACACAGACAACGACCUCGACCCAAUCUUUGAUCCAGAUUCUGAACCGAUCUUUGAUGAGGAAGAUAGCUUUGACUACCCAGCUCACGGACCACUACUGGUCACUAGACGUUCCUUGAGUGUUCAGCCCAAAACCAAUGAAAAGGAACAAAGGGAGAAUCUCUUUCAUUCUCGUUGUUUAAUCUCUGAAAAAGUUUGUUCUUUAAUCAUUGAUGGUGGGAGUUGUACUAAUGUUGCUACUGAUAUUCUUGUUAGGAAACUAGGUCUAGCUACUCGACCUCUUUCUCGUCCUUUCAGGUUGGAAUGGCUCAAUGAAACUGGUGAACAGUAUGUUAAGGAGCAAGUCACGAUCCCUCACACCAUUGGACGUUAUGAAGACGAGGUUGUGUGCAACGUUCUCCCCAUGGAUGCUUGUCACGUCCUGUUAGGACGUCCAUGGCAGUUUGACAAAAGGACCGUCCAUGAUGGAUACACAAACCGACACUCCUUUGACCAUAAAGGAAAGAAGAUCACGCUUGUACCUCUCUCGCCUUUGGAGGUCCAUCAAGACCAGCUCCAACUCAAAAAGAAUCGUGAACAAGAGUCCAAACCGGACAAACCUGAAUCUUCAAUCUGGAACUCCAACUUCUUUAUCAAACAAAGUCAGGUUAAGAAGUCUCUUUACUCUCAAAAGCCUUUUCUUCUACUCGUGUAUAAAGAAUCUCUGAUGGCUUCUACUUCUUCUAACCUUGCACCGGAAGUUCCGAGUGAUUUGCUAGAUGUCUUGCAGGAGUUUUCUGAUGUCUUUCCAGAUGAGAACCCAAAGGGUUUGCCACCAGUGCGUGGAAUUGAACAUCAGAUUGACUUUGUUCCGGGUGCAUCUCUACCUAACCGGCCAGCUUCAGAACCAAUCCGGUGGAGACCAAGGAACUUGAGAAACAAAUUGGAGACCUUAUGGAGAAAGGUUACAUCAGGGAAAGCCUCAGUCCUUGUGCCGUACCAGUUCUACUUGUCCCAAAAAAGGAUGGAUCAUGGCGCAUAUCAUGUGGUUUUCUUAGGUUUCGUUGUAGGUGCUGAAGGACUCCGAGUGGACGAGGAGAAAUUCAAAGCCAUCCGAGACUGGCCAAUUCCAACAAACGUGAGUGAGGAUAGGAAUCCCAUUGCUUAUUUCAGUGAGAAGCUUAGUGGCUCCACACUCAACUACCCAACUUAUGAUCAAGAGCUGUAUGCUCUGGUGAGAGCCCUUCAAACGUGGCAACACUAUCUUUGGCCUAAGGAAUUCGUUAUCCACACGGAUCAUCAGUCCCUGAAACACCUUAAGGGCCAACAGAAGCUGAACAAGAGGGAAUCUCAUGGAGGAGGUCUUAUGGGACACUUUGGAAUCAAGAAGACAUACAAGGCCAUGUCUGAUCAUUUCUAUUGGCCUAGUUUGAUGAAGGACGUUGAGAGAAUUUGUGGCCGAUGUGUGGUGUGCAAGAAGUCCAAAGCCAAAGCAUCCAGUCACGGUUUGUACUCGGCCUUACCCAUUCCUUCUCAUCCUUGGAUUGAUAUUUCUAUGGAUUUUGUUCUUGGUUUGCCUAGAACUAAGAAUGGCCGAGACUCUAUCUUUGUGGUUGUAGAUAGAUUUUCGAAAAUGGCUCACUUUAUUCCUUGCCAUAAAACUGAUGAUGCUGUACAAGUUGCUGAUCUGUUCUUUAGGGAAAUUAAUUUGUCAUCCGCAAACUGA